CCCCCAGCGUGGGUGCCGAAGGACCCGAGCAAAGCCCGUGGGUUUCUGUCGGUUUGCCUCCAGGACUGCAUCAUAGGGACGCUGGAAAACUUGCCUUCAGGCUUAAUCAGAACUGCUCUAAUGAACAUGGACCGAGAAGCAAAAGAAUAUUAUGAAGUGAUUAUCCAGGCCAAGGAUAUGGGGGGACAGCUGGGAGGAUUAGCUGGAACAACCACAGUCAACAUCACCCUCUCUGACGUCAAUGACAAUCCACCCAGAUUUCCACAGAAGCAUUAUCAGAUGAGUGUGCUGGAGUCAGCUCCCAUCAGCUCCACCGUGGGCCGCGUGGUUGCCAAAGACCUGGACGAAGGCAUUAACGCGGAGAUGAAAUACAGCCUUGUGGAUGGAGAUGGACUGGAUGUCUUUGAUAUUAACACUGAUCCUAACUACCAAGUUGGCAUCAUAACUGUGAGAAAGCCUUUAAGUUUUGAGAGCAAGAAAAGCUAUACUUUGAAAGUAGAGGGUGCCAACCCCCACCUGGAAAUGCGGUUCCUGAACCUCGGUCCGUUCCGUGACACCACCACUGUCCAUAUCAGCGUGGAAGAUGUGGAUGAACCUCCCGUGUUCGAGCCCAGCUUCUACUUUGUGGAAGUGCCCGAGGACGUGGAGAUUGGAACCACCAUACAGAUCAUUUCUGCCAAGGACCCAGAUGUGACCAAUAACUCCAUCAGAUACUCGAUUGACAGGAGCAGUGAUCCAGGAAGGUUCUUUUAUGUCGACAUCACCUCAGGAGCACUGAUGACGGCAAGACCUCUUGACCGGGAGGAUGUUUCUUGGCACAACAUCACUGUGCUGGCCAUGGAGCUGAACAACCCCAUGCAGGUGGGCAGCGUCUCCGUAAUGGUGAAAGUCCUGGAUGUGAAUGACAACGCGCCGGAAUUUGCAAGGUUUUAUGAAGCUUUUGUCUGUGAAAACGCCAAAGCAGGGCAGCUGAUCCAGACAGUGAGUGCCAUUGACAGGGAUGACCCACAGGAGGGUCAGCAUUUCUACUACAGCCUGGCUCCAGAGGCGGCCAACAACCCCAACUUUACUCUAAGGGAUAAUCAAGACAAUACGGCGUGGAUUUUGACAAGGCGCUCUGGCUUCAGACAACGUGAGCAGAACACCUUCUACCUCCCUAUCCUGAUCAGUGACAACGGCCGCCCCAUGCUGAGCAGCACGGGCACGCUGACCGUGCACAUCUGCAGCUGCGACAAUGACGGCCUGGUGAUGUCCUGCAACGCAGAGGCCUAUGUCCUCCCCGUCAGCCUGAGUAGAGGGGCACUUAUUGCAAUCCUUGCCUGCAUCUUUGUCCUGCUAG